UCGCUCAACACUUCCAUUGUGCGUGGCUUUAGUAUCCACUGCUCCACCUAACAGGAAGCAGUGUCGCCUGUUUAAUCUUUCAUUGGGAGAAAAGGCGAAGGACUACUCGAGAAGGGCAGAAAUUAUCACUUCGCCUCUCCAGUCAAGAUGAUCCACAGUUUGUUCCUCAUAAAUGCCUCCGGGGAUAUUUUCCUGGAGAAGCACUGGAAAAGCGUGGUCAGUCGCUCCGUGUGUGACUACUUCUUUGAGGCCCAGGAGCGCGCCACUGAGCCGGAGAACGUUCCGCCAGUGAUCCCCACGCCGCAUCACUACCUGAUCAGCGUGCUCAGGCACCGCAUUUACUUCGUGGCCGUGAUCCAGAGCGAGGUGCCGCCUCUCUUUGUCAUCGAGUUUCUGCACAGAGUCGUUGACACUUUCCAGGAUUAUUUUGGAGUGUGUACCGAGGCGGCCAUUAAGGAUAAUGUGGUGGUGGUGUAUGAGCUGCUGGAGGAGAUGCUGGACAAUGGGUUCCCCCUGGCCACGGAGUCCAACAUCCUCAAAGAGCUUAUUAAGCCUCCCACCAUCCUCCGCACAAUGGUCAACACCAUCACAGGCAGCACCAAUGUUGGAGAACAGCUCCCCACUGGCCAGCUGUCAGUGGUGCCGUGGCGACGCACCGGGGUCAAAUACACCAACAAUGAAGCCUAUUUUGACGUGGUGGAGGAGAUUGAUGUCAUCAUUGAUAAAUCAGGUUCCACCAUCACAGCGGAGAUUCAGGGAGUUAUUGAUGCUUGCGUGAAACUGACGGGCAUGCCCGACCUGACGCUCUCAUUUAUGAAUCCACGGCUUCUGGAUGAUGUCAGUUUCCACCCGUGUGUUCGGUUCAAGCGUUGGGAAGCUGAGCGGAUCCUCUCCUUCAUCCCACCUGAUGGAAACUUUCGACUACUCUCCUACCACGUUAGCUCCCAGAACCUGGUGGCCAUCCCUGUUUACGUCAAGCACAACAUUACCUUUCGGGAGGGGAGCUCCCAGGGUCGCUUUGACUUGACUCUGGGUCCCAAACAGACCAUGGGUAAAGCUGUGGAGUCAGUCCUAGUCAGCAGCCAGCUGCCCCGCGGGGUCCUCAACGCCAACCUCAACCCGUCCCAAGGAACGUACACCUUUGACCCGGUCACAAAGUUGUUGUCAUGGGAUGUUGGAAAGAUCAACCCACAGAAGCUUCCCAGUCUUAAAGGCACAAUGAACCUGCAAGCUGGAGCCUCUAAACCUGAUGAGAACCCAGCCAUUAAUAUACAGUUCAAGAUCCAACAGAUGGCUAUCUCAGGGCUGAAGGUAAACCGGCUGGACAUGUACGGUGAAAAGUAUAAACCUUUCAAAGGCAUCAAGUACAUGACCAAGGCUGGCAAGUUCCAGGUGCGAACAUAAAGACUGCUGCUGUGACUGCUGGACCAUGUUGAUCCUUGUUUUAUUUUAUUUUUUUGCAGUUACUUUAUUCAUUGUUUUUGUCUUGAACACUGGACUGUCCGGAGAUAUGAGAACAAACCAAUUGAACCGUCCUCAUUCAUGCAUGUUUACAUCUACUGGUACCAACAUUUCCUUGUGGUAAGAAUGAGAUGGGAGCAGAAAAGAGUUUGAAGAUGUUUGAUUAUUUAUCACUACUAAAGUAUCACAGAAAUUGUACGAUUCAUGUCCACCUCUUUUAUUAAGUUCAAGUAUUAUUUACUAAGCAAGGAUGUCAACAGUCAUGUCUUAAUGCUGUUAUAAUAUAUGCUGAAUGUUGACUUGUACUGAAUCAAGUUCCACCAAACAGGUUUCUUGGGGUUUUAUUUUACAAUAUAAUGUCAAAGAAACCUGAUUGGAUGUAAAAAUGACACAUUUGACAAGUGAACAUUUUCCUAUUGUCAUAUUUCUCACUGCCAGGAAACAUUCUUAAUGUUGCCACAGCAACUGAGCUUUUAGAUAUAUUUGCAUAUAGAGGGAAGCAAUUGAUUCAUGUCUCUGCAUCCUUGCUCUGCUCCCUUCGAGCUGGCAUACAGAUUCAUGUUUACUACAAACACAAUGGUUAACUGAUCAGAAAUAAUACAUUUCUGUAAUACGGUUAGUACCUCCGAGGAAAUGUUGAUAAUUUGUAUUUUGUGUUUACAGUAUUUUCUUUGCGUUUAAGAUACAUACUCCAGUGGAGUGUUAUGAUGGUGGAAUAAAAUAAAAAAAAAAUGUUGUGUUAUA